UGAAAGAAAUAUCUUUUCCAGUCUCAGGGAAGGAUAGUUAACUAAGCAUCCUACAUCCUAACUAUGUUUAAUUUUUUUUUUUUUUUAAUUUCCAGGAUUGAUUCAGAUUUUAACAAACAGAAGCCAUGUCAUUUUCAGAGAGAAAUAAAAGUGGGGCCAUGUUCACUCUUUUGGGCUUCUCAGAUUGCCCAGAACUGCAGGUUCCCCUCUUCGUGGUAUUUCUGGCCAUCUACAGUCUCACUGUUGUAGGGAAUCUUGGGAUGAUUGUAAUCAUCAAAAUUAACCCCAAACUGCACACCCCCAUGUACUUUUUCCUCAGCCACCUCUCAUUUGUGGAUUUCUGCUAUUCCUCUAUCAUUGCUCCCAAGAUGCUGGUGAACCUAGUUGUAGAAGACAGAACCAUUUCGUUUUUAGAAUGCGUAGUACAAUACUUUCUCUUUUGUACCUUUGUGGUGACUGAAUCCCUUCUAUUAGCUCUAAUGGCCUAUGACCGCUUUGUGGCCAUUUGCAACCCUCUGCUCUACACAGAUGCCAUGUCCCAGAGACUCUGUGCUAUGCUGGUGGUGGGAUCAUAUGCAUGGGGAGUAGGGUGUUCCUUGAUGCUCACAUGCUCUGCUUUGAAAUUAUCUUUUCAUGGUGCCAACACAAUCAAUCACUUCUUCUGUGAGUUCUCCUCACUUCUUUCCCUUUCUUGCUCUAAUACUUACCUCAGUGAGUUGUUGCUUUUUAUCUUUGCUACUUUUAAUGUGGUGAGUACAUUACUCAUCAUUCUCACAUCUUAUGUGUCCAUUGUUGUCACCAUCUUGAAAAUGAGUUCAGCCAGUGGUCGUCAUGAGGCAUUCUCUACCUGUGCCUCUCAUCUGACUGCCAUCACUAUCUUCCAUGGCACCAUCCUGUUCCUCUACUGUGUACCCAACUCCAAAAACUCCAGGCACACCAUCAAAAUAGCCUCUGUGUUUUACACAGUGGUGGUCCCCAUGUUAAAUCCCUUGAUCUACAGUCUGAGGAAUAAGGAUGUCAAGAAUACAGUCAGCAAGAUAAUGGAUGCUAAAGUCUUUUCUCAUUAAACAUAUUAUUUUAGUAGAAUUUGUCGCCAAUUUAUAAACACAGUACUUCCAAAAAGAUUAUUUUAAAAGAUACCUUUAAAAUUAAUCUUUAAUACUGUACAAUGGUAAGGAUAUGGAAUUUUGGUUCAAAGAGACUAAUCUUGGCUUUGUCUCCUCAUUGCAGGAAAAAAAAUCACCACCUCUAAUUUUAAUUUUUAAAUCUAUGCAACUGUGAUAACAGGAACUGGGUCAUAAUCUGAUAAUGAAGACCUAAAGAUAAUAUAGAUACCAUGAAAGGCACCUUGCAAAAUCCGAAUAAACAUUAAUUCCAUCCCUCUUUCUUAUAAGGUCCUUGGAGUAUAG